GAAACCUCCCGCAAGUCGGAAGAUGACAAGGACUUACGUUUGCUUGUGCAAGAAUGGGGGGCUAUAUAUGAGCAGUGUAGAUUGCAUUGGGUCGGCAUUCUACACCAAGCUGAAGAAACGGAAGACAACAGUUCUCUCUCAAAUUUGGGAUUGACUGGGACACUGCCAGCAGAAAGCUGAACUGAACAAAGUAUAACUAUCAGUGAAUAGAUUUAAAACAAGAAAGCUUCACAAUGCCAAGGCGUGGAGGCCGACGUGGGAGGGGAAGAGGUCGUCAGGGCCCAGCUAAACCCAAGCAGCACGAUGAAUUCCAACUUGAGGCAGCAUCAAAGGAUGAGACAGAAACAGACGUUAUGGACAAUCUAGCAGCUCUGUUCACAAAAGAGAGCUCAUUUGAGAAGCAUUUUGCUGCCCAGGAGAAAGGCUGCCCCAAGUAUGUAGCUACUCUGCUAGUUCUACAGAGGAUUGGAACAGACGUUUUACAAAGUUCCAAAGCUCGUGCCCUCGCAGUAGCCUGGGCUCGCAAGGAUAAGGAUCUUGCAGCUAGACUACUGGCCAACUCCAAGGAGUUCGGACUAGUAGAGGUCUUGAAGGCAGCGACACUGCUGGACUCUGGACGCAAGAUGCGUGAGUGGGAGAAGAAGUUGAAGCUACUUCGGAUGCAAACCAAGGUCGCUCCUCAAAAGAUCGCUAAGAUCACGACGAAUAUUCAUAAUCUGAGUAACAUUAAGCCAUCGGUUGGAUCCAUGAGUGGGGCCAUCAGUCGUCAGAUCAGACGUUGGGUUCAAACCAUUCCUUCAUCUGAGCUUGAGUUCUAUGCUCUUCACUUGCCCAAGGAUCCAUGGAAGAGGCUGGCUGACCUGGUGCACUUCAACCCUCAAACAGACUUCAGUCUGCCAUGGUUUUUACCUCACUGCUUUGGCGCCCCAGCGCCAGAAGACACCAUAGUUUCCAGAUGUUCCAGCCUCAGCGCAGAGAAUGUGAACGAGCUGAUGGUGCACAAUGAUCUUCCAUAUGCGCAUGUUAAACAGUUCAAGGCAAACCUCACUGCAGAGUCAAAGACACGAAUCGCUGUGUCGGAGAAAAGUCUCGAUGCAUUGCUGUGGAAUUAUGAAGACCUGCACUGCCCCGAGGUGGAUUUUGUAAUCGAGGAGAGAUUACAAGGUGGGGAAUCCAUCAGCCUUCCCUAUGGUAAGGUCAUGGAGAGGCUUCUCCUCAUCAAAGGAAUGAGACACAAGGAUUCUGCCAAGACCGAACAGACUAAUCAUCUUUACGAGAAACUCAUUGCAAUAGCAGACGAAAAACUGGAGCAGACAAGAUUGAACAUUGACUCUCCUGUGGCGGUGAUAGGUGACCGAUCUCCCUCCAUGGGUACAGCCAUUAGCACCAGUACCAUCAUCGCCAGUUUGCUGUGUGCCAUCGCUAAGGCAGAGCUGUCAUUCUUCAGUCAUCGUAACUUUAUCCCUGAUGAUGUACCCAAGACUAUUGUUGAGAUUCUCGAUCUAGCGUCCUCAAUCGACACAGAGGGUUCGACCAUACCAGCAGCUAGCCUUCUUCCGUACUAUGAGAGCAAGAAAGUCAUCAAGACAUUCAUCAUCGUUACCGAUGAGGAAGAAAAUGGAACGGUCGAGUACGAGGGUGCCAGAUACGACUUCCACACUCUCUUCGAGAAGUACUUCAAGGAAGUCUACCCAGCCAAGCUAGUGUUCGUUUCAUUCCUGCACAACCAGCACCUCACCGGUCAGAUGGUGAAGGCCUUGCUGGCCAAGGACAUCACGCCUCUGCAGUUCAAGCUGGAUAACAGCCGUCCAGACCUGGUCAAGCUGGGUAACCUGCUUGGACUGUUGUCCAGCGAAGCGGUUGGAUUCAGCGAGGAAGUCGGCACUCUUGAGAAGGAGAUCGUGGAUGUUGGCUUGCAGAAAGCCAUUGAGAAUAUGACACUUAAAUAAAUACAUAGCAUACACAUCUGAUAUUCUACAUCCAUAUGUCCAUCCGCUUUCCUUAUGCUAUUCUUCGGAGAGCUUCUUGGGGUAACAGCGCACCGUCUCUACAGCUGGUUCACAUGCAUUUUCUGCUGCUGCUCCAAAUGUACGGAACUCGUUACCGUCACAUCUUCGCCAUGCAACUACACUUGGACAAUUCAAGCAAUGACUUAAGACUCAUUUAUACCGAAAUACUUGACUGUUUUAUUUGACUAUACAUCUUGAAUUUUGAUUUGAUUUUUUUUCCGCAUCUUCUGAAGGCGCUUGGUAAUCUUAGGAAAAGGCGCCUGAUAUAAAUGCUGUUAUGUAUGCAAGUAUGUAAAGGGUUACAGCUGUAUUAGUCGGUUUGGAUUGGAACCACCGACUUUUGCAAAUGUAGAACAGUGUCUUACCAACUAGACCACCAGAAUUGCCCAGUAGCUAGAGGCAGUUUCGAAUCAUAUUAUUUAUCAGUGUGUACACUACCGCAACGUUUUUAUAGAUGUUACAUUUGCAUCGGGGAUAAAGAGUAUUAAUUUGGUUUUUCAUCGAUGUGUGUUAGCACUGUUUACUCAGUACUUUCCCGAGCUCUGUGAACAAAGUUACAGGCAUACUACUCGGAUGGGAUUCAAACCCACAAUCUCACAGAGCUCGACAGGAAAGUACUGUAUACAGUACUAACACAUAUCGGUGUAAAACCAAAAUUAAUAUUUUUUAUCCCCAAACCAAAUUUCCAUCUCUUAAAUAAAGGGCUUUUCAAGGUUCAAGGUUCGUUUCAUUUACACAGUUUCAUAAAAGCAAUAGGUAAUAUCAAUAAAUAGGAAAAUUAAACCUCCUGCACCAUUUAAUUAACUGCUUUUAUUUGAUCAUUUGAUGAUCAUUUUAACAUCAUUGUUUUUCUGUAUUGAAUAUGUGAAUACAAUAGUUGGCAUUUCUGCGCAAAGCAAAUUUGUCCCAAUAAAAGUUUUAUGCUAUUUGGCGAAGAUAUUUUUAUAAAUUGUAGAAAUUGUUUACCUUUAUAUUUUAAAUAUUAUAUAUUAUAUAUUUGUUUUUCUUACAUAAAUUGUCAACGUAUAAAAGGUAUUAUUAUUGUUGUAGUGAAAAGAGUUUGAAUGGAACUAGUGAAGAUAAGAUAGUAUUUCUAUAAUCAUUCGUAAUUUGUGUAAUAAUUCUUGAUAACUGACAAAAACACAGUAAAGAGUACUGCUUUGCAUUCGUCAUAUUACCAGUUGUUUCCAAUGGUUGUAAGUUUGUAACUCCUUGGGAACCAGCCAAAAGUGGUUCAAUUCAUGAAUGGACGUGCAAGUUUACUGUAUAUUGAAAAUAAUUUGAGUCAAUUAGCAUUGUUAGUUGUUUCAAUACUAAAAAAAAUAGCUGUUAAGCCUGGUUCAUACUUUCUGCGAAUGCGAUGCGAACUUUGAUGUCACAAGUUCGCAACAAAUAAUUCGCACCAGUUGACUUGUGCAGAACUCUUGCAAAAUAUUUACUGCGAAAACAGCUCUGUGACAUCAAAAUUCAUAUCACAUUGGCAUUCGUAAGAAGUAUGAAUGGGCUUCAGUCUGAUAGAUAAAAACAAGGAAGGUAAUGGUAGUGCUUAAAGACUAACUAAUUAUCAAGGACUUUAUAGGGACCGUGGUUUCCUGUUUCACUACUAGGAAGAAUUUGUAUUUUUUAAUUGUUUAACUUUUUAACUUUUAACCUUUAAUUGGCACUGUGUACAGUGUGAUGAGAUAAUUGUAUGUGGUGCACUUAACAAUAAAUGAUUAGAUCAGAUUAGAUUAGA